UGUACACCGUUUGAACAAUACGAGCCUGCGAGAACGAUUCAAAACAAGCAGCAACCAGUUAUUUUUGAGUGGCCUUCUUCAUCGUCACACUCUCGCACAGCUAAGUAUUUAGCAACGUUAUGUUUAUUUGCCACCUGUUCAUCUUGCCGCCACAGGAGCUGCAAUGGCCUGUCGGCUGCACUGGAUUUCUUUCGGACGAAGCAACAGCACCGGCAGCAGACGCUGCAGUCCAUGUCCACCCGACGCGGUUGUUCUCCGCCGAUCCUGCGCCCUCAGAAGUCCGGUGUCAUCUCUCGUCCUCUCCAGCCCGAGUACUUGUGCACGACCGUAUUUCCACCUCGGAGUGAAUAGCGGGGACGAAGCAGCGCCGCUUUUUGAUGCCUUGUGGACUCGACGUACGUUGUAUACGGGAAAUAAACCAAAAUGUAACCUUUUGUACCGCAGCACGAAGACGAGAAUGAUCUCGGUUCUUGCGUCGGUUGUGACAACUGCAGAGCGACUACAUAGGUCUCCAGCGGCGCGGGUGGAGCUGCAUCCGUGGGAAACUUUGGAAACGCGGUUGCUUCUCUGCAUCAAAGAAACGGAAGAAGAAUUUGAAUUGCAGAAUCAGCAAGAUCAUCAGAAACUACAUCAUGCUACUAGUGUCAGCUUCGAAAAGUUGCUGAAACACCAGGCGGAGAAGAUAUUCCGGGCCACACGACCAGGACCACGCGCAACACCAAUUGAACCUCCAAAUGAAACUACUACUUCUAGCGGUGAUUUUGUCUGCUCUGUGAACCAUUCACAUUUUCACACACCUUCAUCAACACCGUUUGAUGUCGCGAACGAUGAUGUCUACUCGAAAACGUCGUUGUUCGAUCCGAAAGUUGCCAAGCCUGAGGUUUUGAAGUGGUUGCGACGAGAACCGCCCAGUGCUAGUGGUCUGUCGUCCAGCGCUGGUCGUGGAAGAACUUCCUGCACAGCUACUACUUCUACCGAUUCUACUAGUUAUUUUCCCGACUACCAGGAGCUGCUGCAGGCGACUUCGGCUUCAUCUCGUCCUGCCGCGACCGCCAGCGCUGCAACUCGGAUCGCCACCUACACAAGCCUAGUCCAAGAGUUCGACCGGUUUUCCCUCCACCGCGCGCUCGUCACGGCCCUCGCCUGGCGCUGCCGCGAGCGGUUUCAGGUGGCUGCGAGAAGUAGUUUAUCCUGAGCAAAAAUGUACCCAACCCAGAGUUGUCAUGCAGAUUUGCAGCUACAGGAAGAUUUGUAAUGCGCAUCCACAUGAGAGGCAUUUCCAAUCGCGUUUUGCGCUUUGUAAUGCUGUCGACAGGAUGAGUAGACGGAUUUGUGUUGCGGCUGUGCUUGCUAAACUGCACUACAAUACGGAGACGAACUUGUCAUGCUGGACCCCCAAAACUUCUCGAUUUGUGUUGCGAGAUCCCCAGCUUGACUCUGGUGUGGGGACGUUUUUACAUAGGAUAUAGUUUGGCGGACCGCGCCGGGGGGGAAGCGGAAGUGCAGAGGGUAGUUGGAGCUACAACUACUGCCGGCGCUGGUGCUGGGACACCUGCCUGCGAUGUUGAAAAGCAGGUUCUAAAUCAUCUCGAGGAACAACUGAAACUGUGGCUUGAUGUGAUUUCCGAUGCGACUAAGGCACUGAUGUUGGACAUUCGGGCCUCCACUGGCGAAGGUCGUUUUUCGGGUGGGAAAGACAAGCUGAGCAGUGCAGCUCCUACUGGCGUGACUGCUGAUAGUCCCCCCGGAUUUGGGGAGGAGGGAAAGAACCCCCGCGAACAUGAUCAGCCUGUACUAGUACACAGAGAUGUUGUUGUCCUCGGCUCUGAGGUGGACCUUUUGUCGUGUGACGUUUUGCUGAUGCGGGCCAUUGCAUUUGACAAGUUGGGACAGUUCUGUAGGAAGUUUCCACCAGCUUGUUCUCACGACAACAAGAAGAUGAAUUAUACCACGACCAGACGCAACGCGUUGCAGGACCUCGGGUUGCGGGAGCAUUUGCUCGCCCAGAAAUCAUUUUCGCACACGCCCAAUGCUGCUACUACUUCAUCGUCCACCACGGCGGUGCCUCAAGAACAGUUGCGCACCACGACAGUCAAGCCUUUACACAGGAGCUCCUUUAUCACGGCGGGAGAAGCGCAAUUAUCCAAUGGGACGAGAGGAAACGAGAGCGAAUGUUGGUCCGGAGUUGCGGCUCCCGCUGCGCAUGAUCCCGACGAGGCCCACAAGGUUUUGACGGGCACGGAUAAAAAUUCGGUGCCACUUGGCACGACGGACUUCUUUUACUACAACACCAAGGACAAAAUAAAUGUUAAUACUAGUGGAACAGCAAGCAGAGCCUGUACUAGUUCAUCAUCUUCCCUAGUCAACACCACGGCGUGGGGAAAAAGCGACACUAGAACGUAUCCUGAGCAAAAACGUUCCCACCCCAUAGUCAAUUUGGGAAAUCUGCUACACAAAUCAGCCCGCUUUGGCUGCUUCGCAAGACAAGUUUGGCCUCGUAGUGUAAUCCUGUUUACUAGCUUGUUCAGCAGCAGCACAGAUCUAGCAUAUAAUGCUGAAUGGAGCAUGACAAAUUCCAAAACGCGACUAGAAAAUGCCGCUCAUGGGGCUCCGCAUGGGAAACAUUUUCAGCGUGCAGACUUGCAUUACAGCUAUGGGAUGGGGGCGUUUUUACAUAGGAUAGAGCGGCGUCCAAACUGCACCGCUUUCUGGAUUGCCGCGGUCGGCAUGACAAGCACGAUGCAGCGGACUACAAGCGGGGAAGAAACCAUUUCCUCGCCAGAUGUCCUCGCGCAAUGGGGCGUGAAGUUCAGCGGCGCCUACUGUAAGGAAAAAUCCCCCCUCCCCAUAUUGAAAACGUAUCUUCUGAAAAUUUGUGAUGCAGAUUUGUGACCACAAAUCCUGACUGUCUUGCGAGAAGGCAAAUCCAGGCUCUCCGCCACUCUAUGGAGGCGAUUUGUAAUGCUGUAAGGACUACAGGACAGCCGUCUACCAUGCUAGGCACCUACACCAAAAGGGACCUAUCUAGGCUGGCGAUCUGCGUGCAGUCCUCUACAGCAAGACAAGUCUGAUUUGUGUACGCAAAUCCAGUGCCACAGAUUUCCUUUGCGAUAUGGGGAGGGGGGAUUUUUCCUUUUGAUAGCGCCUGAUGAGACUUCCGGACGGGAAAGAUUUGCAUGUUGGUCAUCGAUGGGUGGAGUCGGUGGUGUAGGAUGGAAAAGCGCAGCGGAAGGACGUGGAAACUCUUGGUAUCCGAGGAUGAUGAAUCACGCACACAGAAACUUCCCCUUUAAGUGUUGUAGCGUUCUAAACCAGACUUUUAUUCAGACGGAAUUUUUGAUGAGUCCGCGACUGCGGCCGCCCGAC